AUGGAGUUCGCCUCCCCGUUCGUCAUCGACACGUCAACGCCGGAGAGUUUGGAGCGAGACUUCUACGCGUGGUUGAAUAUGGAAGGAUCGCAGUACCUUGAAUCGCAACAGUCACGAAUAUGCAUUUCGCUACCUCCGCUCGAGUCAUCCUUGGGUUCAAGCAGCUACACGGAUAACAAAGAGAUCUGCUACCUUGAAAGCUCCCUUGGUGAUAGUCCAUCAUCGCUCUCAUCCACCUCAUUGGAAGAUGUUCCGCCAGCAAACGCUGAAAGAGAUCAAGUUCGAAGUUCAGGUAGAAAUCAGCUUGGAAGAACAUACAGUCCUGGUUUACCAUUAUCAAUGUGCGAAAGAGAGGAAAUUGUGAAGUUAUUUCAGGCAGGAUGGAAAAUUUGCGAUAUAUCAAAGCGUCUAUGCGUUACCCAUAGCUGUGUGAGCAAAAUCUUGAACAGAUAUCGUCAGACAGGAUCAGUACGUCCAAAAGAUGCAAAAGAAGGUCGAACCGAGUCGCCGUUGGUGACAGCGGUCAGAGAUUACAGGACAAGACUCGGCAUGAGUCGCCAAGGUGAGAUACGAGAACAGCUAAUCAAAGAUGGGAUCUGCACAAGAGAGACUGCUCCGAGCAGGUCUUCCAUAAAUCAUAUUUUGCGGACCAAGCUGGAUAUCAAAAGAAGAAAAAAGACGGAAUGA